AUGGUGAACCCUUUACUCACAACAAGCAUCAUUACCAUGUACCUGGAGACGCUGUUGAUAUCCUACCUGACCACCGAGCUCCUUGACCAUAUGGCCUUCUUCAUCACUUACAUCGUCCUAGUCCUGCUCUCCUUCGUCCUCAUCAACACGUCUUCAGCCAUGAUGGUCAGAACGUCAAUGGACUUCUCGGACAAAUAUUUCGGGAAGCUUCUGUGUUUUGUACUUCAUCUGUGCCAGUUCGGCCUCGCCUGGAGGUUCGGGAAGCUUGUCUUUCUGUAUGACAAAAGGGACUGGUUCGAAAUGACGAGUCUAAGACUGACUCACGUUGCCAUCCAGACCCUGCCUUUUCUAGCGCUUCAUGGAUGUUUAAUGUUUUCUACAAUGAGUAUCAAAGUCGUGCCAGUGUUAACAUUGUCCGUAGCUCUUCUAUCGGCUUCUAUCAGUCUGACUAUGUUCUGUGUCCGCGACCAGCUACACUCCUGUUCCUGGAACGAUGACAGCGGCGUCUCCACUGGCAACGCCAAGAGAUAUUGUGGAAUAUUCCUGCUGUUGGUGGGAACUAUUCUUGCCCUUACUGCCAGAGUCGCAUGUAUUGUCCUCAUGAAUCUCGCAGCGCCAUAUUUUGUGUUGAUACUCCUUGCGCUCCACAUGUUGAUCCUGAUAUUUGGAUAUAUGAGCUGCAAGGCUGUGAAAAGUGAGUCCUUGGUCCUGAAGGAUGUUCUGAUGAGGCUUGGAUUAUCUUUCUUGAAUAUUUUUGACCUCGUAGAAAAGGAUUUACAUAAAGUGCAAUGUAAGUAUGUGUCUUUUUAUACUGUCAUCCUGGUUGAAAACAUAAUCAUGGUGGCAGUGUGGCUUGUGAAAGCGGAAGAGGAGUAUGACUAUAUUACCAAACUAAUCGUCAUUGUUACUGUGCUAGCGCUCUUCAUCUGUGCGCUGAUUUUAAAAUUCAUGAGCUGUGGCUUCAUCAUCCCACCGUCAAAUAUACAACUGAUCCAGUCGGAGACGCCAGACCAGGCGACCAUCCUAGAAAGCAACAACAUCAUUAAAGGCAUACCUCCAAUACCAUCAAUAAGUUCCAAUAUUGACAACCAUUUAAACACCUCUGAUGGGAAAGAUCGGAGUAAAAGGACGCAAAUGGAAAAGGACCAGCCAAGUCGAUCGUCUUCAAGGAUGGUUGGUGAAGGUCGAAGUGUAACAGAUAGGAUUCCAUUUCAUGAAAGUGAAACUCGAAGUGGUGAAAUAGCCAUGGGUUUUGGACGUGUAUCUGGACGUACAACAUCCGUGGAUCCAAGAGCUAGUGAUUCAGCUACCGAUUAUGGAACGUACAAGACAGGAACCCAGGAGUCCUGUUCUAUUGAUGACCCAACUCGAGUGUCCAGAUAUGCAUCCCAAGCACCUGCUACUCAGAUUCAGUCACGACUACCACGGAGAGCAACUAAAUUCUUUUUGGGAAGGUCAGGAACAAACAGAAGGGCAAGGAAUAGAAGUGAAGUCAGUCUGGAUAUCUGUUCUUCCAAUAGUCGUAACACUAACACCGUCGGGACUAGUUUGGUUGGAACUAGUGAGACAUCAGGAGUUAUUGCCACUCGUGGUGGUAUUCCCAAUGAUGAUAAUAGGAAUGUAGUGCAAAGUAGAAUUAAUAAAAGCUCAAUGUGGCAGAGGUUACAACUACGGUUACCGUCCGUGUCACAUUUUCUAGUCACGUCUGGGAAGCAGUCUGGUGUUAAAGAACCGGACUCUUCUCGCGGGAGUAAAGCUGUCAGUCCCGAGGAAUUCAACUGGAAUGACAGCGACACUCGUACAGCAAGUACGAAUACUUUUAGGGACGCUCAGAAACUAUCUGGGAGGACAUCAUCUCAGUCUCUGACUGGUGGAACUAACUCCACAGCAGUGUGUGUAGGCUCGUUACGUACCAAGGUCAAGGACACAAAGCAAGUUCGACAACUCACGAAAGAAGACUGUGUGAAAAUGUGGUUAGCAAACGUUGAACUUACCCAACCGGGGCCAAGCUGCCAGUGUAGCAGCGAAUCUCACUCCUCCGACUGUACGUAUGUACUGCCCCCAGACAACCAGUCUAAAGACGUACCAAAUUUUGAAGAGUUCUUGGCCGAGGUUCCGCCUCAUCCGGAACUGACGUCAUUUCGACCUUCUAGAAACAGACACAAAUCUGAAUCCUAUGUUCGCGAAAAUUCAGAGUUACAGCUCAACUGCCAAACAGGAUUUACGCCAAUCAAACAUAAACGAUCCUUCUCGGAAACAUGCUCAGACUCCACUGCCAUGUUCGAAUUGCAGCCAGCAUGGCUGAAAUCACACCAGAAUGGAACCAAGUUGCAGUCUGAUCAUGAACCAGUAGUCCCUUUCAUUGUUAAACUCGGUGCUAUGGAAUCGUUAGUGUGACUAUCUUCGUUCUUGACAUCUCAUUAAAUAUGGGCGGGUAAGAAUUGUUCUUCAGGUGAUCAACUGGGUCCUGUGAUCAGGCUGCCUGAAUUAGUUGUU